CUCGGCUUUGGGAGAUCGCGUGGGCGCGUCUCGGCGAGGCGGCGACGGGCGAAGGCGACAGAGAGGAUGGAGGGAAAAGGGAAGGGGAAGCUCGGAUGCGAUUUUAGGGUAUUUUUAGGGUGUUGGCUUCCGGUGUUACAAGAAGAAGCUUUGAUUUGCUUUUGCCGGUGCGGUCGAUUGGUAAACGGGGGAAAUUUUGGUGUAAAGUUCGCCUAUUCGAUAAAAGUUUCGUCGGACCGACCGAAUGGCACCUGCAGUUGCGUUGGAAUACACGAAAGCAAAGCGGAUGAAGAGAAGUUCACAGGUCCUUUCUUCCAAAGCAAAGGAGAAACCACCGAGAUCCUCUCAAGGAUAUCGUUCCGGCUCCAUCCCUGAUUGCCAGCAUGAUUCCAAGAAAAUGGUUGAAUCUGACGGUUCUGGCAGUGCAAUACGUGCUAAUUCCUCUGGCAAUUCCAGUUCUCCAAAUAGGAAGAAACGCAUAGAUGUAAAUGUGGACAGAUGCAAUGGCUUCAAUGCCCCACUGGAGGUGAUUUCUUUGUCGAAGAAAUCUGGUUCCAAAAGCAAGACACCGAGAUUAAGAUCAGAGCCAGAACAUUUUCAGAUGCUCCGAAAGAAAGUGCCCUCGAAGAGUGUGACAACUGUUGGCAUUAGCUCUUCAUCUUCGAUCAAUGGGAGUGAGAAGAUACGUGGUCAGAGCAUUGGCCCCCAGAUGACGGGUGGGUUAUCAGGGAAAUCUGUGCCUCAAAAAACAGUCCCCGUGAGUGACUUGCUGAUGAAACAAUGCGAGGCACUUCUCAAGAAAUUAAUGUCACACCAGUUUGCUUGGGUCUUUGACCACCCAGUGGAUGCAGUGAAGUUGAAUAUUCCAGACUAUCACACUAUCAUUAAGCGUCCAAUGGAUUUGGGUACCAUCAAGAGUAAAUUAACCUCGGGUGCUUACUCCAGUCCGUGGGGUUUUGCCUCAGAUGUGAGGCUUACUUUCAAGAAUGCAAUGACAUAUAACCCACCCAAUGAUGAUGUCCAUAUCAUGGCUGUUGCAUUGAGCAAGUUCUUUGAAUCUCAGUGGAAAUUUAUUGAAAAGAAGUCAGCUGCAGCAGAUGCACAUAUCGAAAAAGAAACCCAAUCAAAUAAGUCGGAGUUGUCCAAGAAAAGGAAAAUGCCUCCUACUGACUACAAUGGACCUGUGCCCGAGAGGGAAAAAUCCAAGAUGAUGGAUGAGGAGAAACAAAGUCUGAACAGAUGCCUGGAGUCUCUUUCGGCAGACCUAUCAGAUCACAAUAUCGAUUUUCUGAGAUGGCAGAGUGGCAAUAUGAAGCAGAGCAUUGAGGAAACCAAAAUCCAUAAUGAUUCCUUUUGUGAUGACAAACGGACUCUUUUGGAUAACUAUAUAAAGGAAAGAGAGGUGCAGCAACCGGCAAAAACUGAACGUGUGAAUGACACUGGUGUCUGCACCUCACUGAUGCAUCCUUGCAAAGGCAACGAUCUUGAUGAUGAGGAUGUAGAUAUCUGUGAUGAUGAUCCUCCCAUGCCUAGCUACCCACCUUUGGAGCUACAAAAGGACUUAGGUGCUGCAACUACCGAUUACAGCAGUUCAAGUGGUUCCAGUAGUGAUUCAGAUUCUUCUAGUGACUCCGACAGUUCUAGUGGAAGUGAUUCAGAGGAUGAGGUUUCUAUUCCAAAAAGUGCUGCCGAGGAAAAUUCAGGAAAUAAGGCAUGUACCGAUCGAGAGAAAAGUGACAUAAGAAAGCCAUUUGAUGUAAAUAGACCUUUGAGUGGGUUGACUCCCUUGGAGAUGGAUGUUGAUUCAAAGCCCCUAUCAGGUGAUUCUGAUGGGUGUCCAGAGGGUAAGCAUGCUUCAUCUGAGAGGAAAGUCUCCCCAGAAAAGCUAUAUAGAACAGUCUGGCUGAAGAGCCGUUUCGCCGACACAAUUGUAAAAGCUCAGAAUUCUCUUGACCAGGCUGACAGGGGGGAUCCUGAGAAACUGCAGCGUGAGAGGGAGGAAAUGGAGAGGCAGCGAAGGGAAGAGAGAGCAAGGCUUCAAGCAGAAGCUAAGGCUGCUGAAGAUGCUCGUAGACGAGCUGAAGUGGAAGCUGCAGCAGAAGCUAAGCGCAAGAGAGAGCGUGAGAGGGAAGCGGCACGUCAGGCCUUGUCACAGAUGGAGAAGACAGCGGAGAUCGAUGAUUACCGUCUGGUUCUUAAAGAUCUGGAAAUUCUUACAAGAAUUCCAGCUGGAAGAAUACCCAUGUCCCUCAAUGAGAAGUGCCCAGUUCAUUAUUUUCUGGAUGAUGUAGAAGAUUUCAGAUUUGGAGGGAUUAACCCUAUGGAGCAACUUGGUUCAUUCAUGAAAGUGGAUGAUGAAGAAGAGGAAGAGGGUAAAACUAAAAGGGCUCCUCCGAGUGAUGUUGAGGAAGGAGAGAUCGUAUGACACUAUGUACCUUUGCAUGGCUUUGGUUUUGCUCUUGGUUUAAAAGCACAUGGUGCUGCAGGAGCCUCAUGAAAUGUACAUAGACAGGGUUGAAUGCAGUUGGUGUCCAACAAAGGGAGCGUUGCCUUGUAAUCCAAAAUCAAAGUGAUGCAUGGGCUUGUUGUUUGUGAAGAUUGGUUUUCAUACUUAUGUACAUCUUCUCUGAACUCUAA